CCCAACCACUUCGCGUUUAUGUCCUUGCAAGCGCAUGAGGCCGCGAGGUUGCAUCGGCUCCCUCAUGUACGGGACUCGUAAUAAACGCCCAGUCAUCGCUUAAAGGUCGCUACCAAGAAUGUCGCGAGGCCCGAUUCCGUCUCGCCUUCAGCUGCUGUCAAGCCUCCCCUCUCGAGCGGUUGGCGAUAAGGUCAGAUUUCUAGGGUGUGUCACUUCCUAUUCAACCGCACUAGGUUGCCUCUCUUUGGGUCACCUCUACCCCCUGGGCACCGAUGUCACUGUUCUCGUGGAUGUGAACUUGAUCCUGGAAUCGCUCACGUCCGAAAAGACACGUGUCGGUGAAUAUGUGAACGUGAUAGGCUACAUCACUUCAAAGCAAGCACCUCAUGCCCCAGAUACGGCACAGCAAGAGACGGCGCAGGUCUUAGUCCAAGCACUGAUGCUCUGGUCUACUGGCCCAAUGGAUAUUCGCACAUACGAGAAAUCCGUCGAUGCUGGCAAACCUGGUCAACGAGAAUGCGCGUGAGCUAUGCGCACCCCCGAAACGGCCACUGGUGUGCAAGCCUACUCAAAUUGUUGACUUCUCAAAUUGACCAUCAAAUCGGCCCAGUAUUGCUGUACGACUGGACUACACGCGAGGGCUGACAACAAAACGACGUUCGAAGCCUGUGAAACCCCACCAGGCCGACAGAAAAGCCGCCGGGUCGUCCUGUUAGGUUGCAACCUUGGUGUCCGGCAUCUCGCAGCGCGCACCAUCAUAGCGUC